AUAGGUGUGAAGACAACGUCUAAUUUUCCUGAGGUCAUCAGUAGUGGUACAUGUAGAUUCAUUUGCCAACAUGGCUGGAUUGUAGCAGCUGUUAUGAUAAUGUAGUUUUCUAUCUAUUCGGGCAAGAAGGACCUGUGAAGGAUUUUGGUGCUGAAGCUCUGCUGUUCCAGAAGGAACAAGCCAUAUCUUAGCAGAUUUUAUACACUGUACUGGACUCUGAACAAGCCAGGUGUUACGGGAAACCUUUUACCAGGAAACCAACCAUCUGAUACUGUAAGUUCAGCUGUAUCCAGUAUACUUCUGUGCAGUGCGUAGUGAGGACAUGGCAAUGACAAGAGGGCGCAUAAGAUCGUCUUCCCUGCAGGACAGUGUACUGUACCUGUUUGGGCCACAUCAGAAGGAAAGAGAAAUAACACUCGAGGAGAAGCCGUACUUUUCCAAGCUACGGAUGUGUAGAGAAAUCCUGCUUGCCGGUAGGGGACUCCUGUUUGGGAUAAUGUCAGGACUCGGGUAUCUUGGUUGUGCCACCAUUGGACACAUCUUGGUCAAACAGAAGGGUUUCUCCGGGUUCCAGACGAUAGCGUUGAGCAUGCUGUUUUCCGCGGCCGCGUUCGUUCCGUGGGUUGUCGUGUGCAAGCCCCCGCUAACAGAGGGUGACUGGAAGUUGUAUCUAUCGCUGGUCGUAAUGGCUGUGGCACAGGCGGUGUCAGGAAUCGGGAUGUUACUGGCGGCCUACCUCCUCCAGUUGGCGAACAUGUACGCGAUUAUCAGCGGCGCGGUUCCCGUUUUCAUCGCCAUCAUUUCGUACCUGUUCCUGCGGGAACCUCCCAGCGUCGCCGACGUUCUCGGAAUCCUCAUCAACAUCGCCGGAAUAUCGUUCAUCGCGGCCGGAGAGCUUCACAACAAAGUCAUCAUAGACGUUUCCAAGAACGUGACGUCGCACGGAAACGUGCUGGUUUCACCAGACGAGUGGUGGAACGUUGACCCCAGCCUGAACAGGGCCCUCGGAGUCGUGUGCGCCAUUUUGUCAGCCUUCGCCUCGACAGUCGCGUACUCCCUUUCCCGUACCAGUCGCGUCAAGGAAUCGCACCUUAUGACCAUCUUGGUCUACAUGUCAAUCGCUGGAAUCGUUCUGUCCUUGCCUUGGAUGUACGUACUCGGAAAACCAAAGUGGGAGAUGAGCAGUUCGGAAGGAUCCCUGUUUAUUGGCAUGGGUGUGUCGUAUUCCGUCGCCCUGUUCUGCGUGCAUUACAGUCUACGGCUGGAAAAGGCCACGACGGUCACCAUUCUCCGCAACGUCAAUAUCGUCUUCUCCUUCAUCAUUCAGUAUGACAUCCUGAACAUUGUGCCGACUGUUUUUGAGAUUAUUGGCUCUGUACUGAUCAUUGUGAGCAUCACGCUUGUGACUGCGUAUAGCUGGUACAUUAACUGGAAGAAAAGAGUAGCCAGAAAGUUGCGGGAGUACCUGAACCUUGAUGAGUCCUCAGAUCUAGAGGACGAACCUAGAUAAUAUAUGGCUUUAUUUUGUUCAUAGAAUUGAUUCAAAUAGCGAAUUCAAGCACUUAUCAGCAUGCAACAACCCAUGCAUUGUAGAUAUAGGACAAUGUAAGUAAUUUUUCUAUAAUGCCAAAACAUUAGACAUUUCCAAUGCUUAAAUCCAUACUACAUGUACAUGUACAUAGUCUUGUGUAAGG